AUGUCUUCUCAAGGUUUUGGAGCACUUGAGUGGCCAGUCCCCUGUUUUUUCCAAGGUUAUUGUGUUUUUCAGAAUACCCGUGAAACAGCCCAUGCUAUCCGUAAGUUGCCUUUAAUCAAGGAUAAGAGAUACUUGGAAGAUGUUUUGGCUCAUAAGCAAGCCAUCCCAUUUACCUGUUUUUGUCGCGGAGUUGGGCGUACUGCACAUGCAAAAAACCAUCAUUCUAAUGGUCAAGCACGUUGGCCUGCAAAGUCUGCGAAGUUUAUCCUUGAUUUGCACAAAAAUGCUGAGAAUAACGCAGAGGUCAAAGGGUUGGAUGUGGACGCCCUUCACAUCUCUCACAUUCAGUUGAACCAAGCCCAGAAACAGAGACGUCGUACAUACCGGGCACAUGGAAGAAUUAAUCGUGACGUAGUUGUCAAAAGCGCAAAAGGCGCGCGCCUAGGCGCUCGGGCGUAG